AAAUGUGGCCCUCUUUGAAAAUAAUUUGGACACCACUGGUGUACAGUGUUGAAUCCCCACUGACACUGACACGCUAAUGAUGAAGAAAGGAUACGUGAGUCUCAUCCAGGUGGUCACUCGAGCCAGGAACAGACUAGCAACCUGAGCGAACUCAAGCUCCAGCUCAUAGAACGUCUUUCCUGUGUUCUGGAUCAGGAAGGUGUUCAACAGUCGGCCGCGGACCGUCCUGUCACCACGGUCCCACUCCCGGAGAAAGCUGAGGACUUUGCCGAUACUCGCUUGGUCACCUUGGGUAAGCAUUGUAGUUUGUCUUCCCUCUUUUCACGCUGGCGAUAAAAUGUAUUCCUACUCAAACAAAAACAAACAAACUGGGAGUUGAAGUCUUAAGCUAAUGCACAAAUAAAAGCUAUAUUAUCAAUCGAAUGGCUGUGUUUAAAUGUUUAAAACGAUCAUUUUUCUCGCGCUUCGACUCUGCUUAUGGCAGCUUGUUUACGGUUGCUAGGUAACGCCCCAUAAUAAAAGUGUUUGACUCAAUUCAUCAAGUCUAAGGUUGGCAGGUACUGCUUUGGUUGAACCUUGCCUGUGUUCCCUGCAUUGCCAUCAGGAUCACCUUUCCUGGCCGGCCAGCCAGCUCCCAGCCUUCACUGCCUGCAGGAGCUGGUGUGGCGAAGUGUAUCUGUGAAAUCUGCCCGGAGCUCAGUCCCACACAGCGGCAAGUGCCCCGAAAAGGAGCAGCUAUCCACCGAGUUGGAUUUAAAGGCGCUCUCGGACGCUUUCAAGAGAUAUGGGCUCAGAACCACCAAGCUCUCCACAGGUGGUGGAGGAUGGAGGAGAGGAGGAUGAGGAGGAGCUGAGCGGUGGGGAGGAGGCAGACCUGCGCUCCAGCUCCGGCAGGGGCUCCCUGCUGACCCGGAGAGGGAUCACUCUGAGGGUGCUGCUCAAGGACGGGCUUGUGGAACCAGGGGACGGGGUGCUGGCCAUACACUAUUUGGGUAAAAACUUUGUUGGAGACCUGUUGACUGAUGGGAAAAUCAGAUGGGUGGAGACAGGCCAGAUCUUCAACUCCCCCAGUGCCUGGGCGACACACUGCAAACGUUUGGUAAACCCGGCCAAGAAGUCUGGCUGUGGCUGGGCGUCUGUACGCUACAGAGGACAGAAGCUGGUCCAGUACAAAACCACGUGGCUGCACAAGUACCAACCCAGCGCAGACAUGAGCCUGGUGAGUGAGGAGGACGAUGAUGAGGAUGAAGAGGAAGGGAAAACAGCUGUCCAGCCAGAUGAUAAAAACAAGAACAGCAAACCUGGAUUUCAUGACAUAAUGGUUUCACGGAGGGCCGACAGAGAGAGAAUUCCUGUCAGAUAUUGCACCUUGGGUACCAGAGAUGCUGCCAAAGAUCCUCACACACUCGUGGAGCUUUCGGCCUUCUCAGCCAUCAACAGAUUCCAGCCCUUCAAUGUAGCCGUAUCCAGUAAUGUGCUGCUGCUCAUGGACUUCCACUGCCACCUGACCACCAGUGAGGUGGUGGGAUACCUCGGAGGCAGAUGGGAUACUAACACGCAAUUGCUGACCGUUUUGAGGGCUUUUCCUUGUCGGACCAGGCUGGCAGAUAGAGAAGCCGCAUCUGCUGUGGAGGAGGAGAUCUGUCAGAACCUGUUCAUGCGCGGGCUGUCAUUGGUGGGCUGGUACCACAGUCACCCGAGAGGUCCUGCUCUGCCGUCGCUGCAGGACAUCGACUCCCAGAUGGACCAUCAGCUGAGACUGCAGGGCUCGAACAACGGCUUCCAGCCGUGUCUGGGCAUCAUCUGUGGUCCAUAUUACCACGGCAAUCAAGGAGUGGCAUCCACAAUAACUCCAUUUUGGGUCGUGCCACCCCCUGAGCAACGGUCCAAUGACUAUGGUAUUCCAGUGGCUGUGGAGGUCACCUAUGUACAGGACAACUUUCUCACCAGUGAUGUGCUCAAUGAGAUGAUGCUGCUGGUUGACUACUACAGAGCAGCUCCUGAUCUCGUCCACUUCAGCCAGUACUGGUGUCCUGAUACAACCAUGAUGGACAAGAUUAAGGGCUCUCUGAGCUGCCAUGCUCCCAAAGACCAGGCCUACUCUCAGAUCUUGGAGCACGUCUACAGUCAGCUGAGCCACCUGCCAUGAGUGUGUCUGCUGUGCAUAUACUCAUGAGGCUUAUCUCCAACUUAUAGUGUUUCCAUGACGAACACUUUUUGUGCGGAGCGGACAGGACAGGAGGGACAGAUGUACAAUGUAAAAACCUGCUUGAAAAACAUAUAGAUGCCUUGAAUUCUUUGCUCUUUAAGUGACACUUAGUUAUGACACAGCAUUAUCGUGAGUUUGAGAAACACUUGAAAGACUCUGGAAGUGCUAAUUCUGUGAUAUUUGUCCCCCAGGAGUUUGUAAUGGAAAUAGAGAAAUAUACAAUGGAUACAUGAAACAGAUUUUUAUAGAGGACGCUAAAUAGAAGCAUUUCAUUGACGAGGAAUCAUCCCACCUGACUGGCCUCUUACCUUUUACACCUGGACCUAUAUGUGCCUAUCUGUGCCAGUAUUCAGAUACUGCCAGAUAUGUACAAUAUAACUUUUUCAUGUGUUGUUAUUGCCUUCAAAGACUAAAGACUGGUUUGGGAAAGAUUGCGCAAAAAUACUACCUUAGCGAAGUAUCCAAAUGUGUCUCGGUAUGAGCUUAGCUAGUACUCUGCAAUGUGGUACAAGUAAUUCACUGUGCCAAGCAUUUUGUUUUUACUAACCUGUGUGUAAAAACAGGUGUGUGUGUGUUUAUGAGUGUGUGUGUGUGUGUGUGUGUGCUAUUUUAUGAAAGCUGCCCUUUAUUGUCUUCCUUGAGUUUUAUGAGACAUGAGUAGGAUAGGACAGAUGUUUGCUCGUUUUUUCCCUGUACUGUAUUUAUUACUAAUUGUGGAUUGUGUGACGUACAUGUAAGAAGACAGAGCAAUGCCUUAAGCCUGCUGAUGAUCCACAACGCAUUAAAAUAUACACACUGGAACUAUUUAAAAAUA